AUUUCCGUUACAUUUCCGUUACCUUCAUCUCCCUUCACACACUCACGUGUUGAUCACGUGUUACCCUGACUGUAUGCAGUCUAUUUUGAGCCGCCAUACACUCCAAGGAACUCUAGAUGACUUUGUGUGAAAUGUGCUUGUAGUUCUUUGAACGUGUCUGUCGUUAGACAUGGAGCCUCUGGAUUUUAAAAACAUGAACUUGACGGUAAAACCCCCUGCUGCUAUAUACCCAUUUUGUGACGACUGGAGAAACACUUCGGAAGGCUCCGCGUUGCACCUUGCCAACAUUUUUCUGUUUUUUGGCUUCAUGGGCAACAGCAGCUUUUAUGGAUUACUUUAUCUAUUCAGCUGUCUGACUAUGGGAUUCUUCUGUUCCACUCUGUGGGCAUGGUCUGACAACUGCACAACAGACUCUUUCUUGUGGAGUUUUGCACUCCUCGGAGUGUGCUUGGGACAAGUCCUGCAUGUUGCCUAUCGGCUGAAGAGUGUGUCCUUCAAAAGGGAAUUCCAGGAGCUUUACAGCUGUAUGUUUAAAAAACUAGGGGUCUCACUAACACAUUUUGGAAAGAUAGUGGCCUGCUGUGAUGGACAAGUUCACGCCAUAGAGAGGGACCACUGUUUCGCCAUAGAAGGAAAAACUACUAUUGAUAAGCUGUCGGUGCUCUUGUCUGGCAGAAUACGUGUGACAGUUAAUGGAGAGUUUCUGCAUUACAUCUACCCUUUCCAAUUUUUGGAUUCACCGGAGUGGGACUCCCUUAGACCAUCAGAAGAGGGUGUAUUCCAGGUAACCUUGUGUGCUGAUAACGCCUGCAGAUAUGUGGGAUGGAGGAGGAAGAAGCUCUAUCUGCUUUUUGCAAAGGAUCGCUACAUAGCUAAGAUAUUUGCCCUGGUUGUGCGCAAUGACAUUGCAGAGAAGCUGUGCUCCCUUAACGAUAAGGCUCUCAACAGGUCAGGGCAGCGAUAUGAUAUCCGUUUACCAAGCUACUGCCACAUGACUGGGACUGAAUUAGAAAAGGCAGAUGUCUUCCUGCAAGUGCCAAUGCAGGGGGCAAGGACUGCCUGAACAAACUUACUUGUGUACGCACACAAACACACACACACACACACACAAAAUAGACUUCUCGCAUGUUGUCAGUGUAAUUUAGGUGCCGCAUCAUCUGCACUAUGUUGGGCAAGAGUGGGUGGUAGUGCAAUCAGGGAUCAAACCACCAAUCCCCUGAUUAAAAGACAACCCUGCUCUACCACUGAGCCCCCUUCCUUCUGAUUACUAUUUCCUGCUCAUGAGAAGGCUAAGGUAUGUAAGACCAGGGGUCUAAGAGACACAAGAUUACCUCAUGCUAGCAGUAUUGCCAACUUUUCAGACUACCUUGGCAACUUUGUUUUCAAACAGCCCCUAGCAACAAAUUAAGCAAUUUAAAAAAUAUGUAUUAGGCAGUUUUAGCAACUUUUGUAAAGUGACUUAAAUGCUAAAAUUAACGCAACUUCCCUCUAAAUGACACAAAGUGCACAGCUGCAAAAGUGAAGCUACGAGACAGCUGGAAAGAGAUGCCUAGUGGACUCAUCCUUAUUUGAGAUGAAUUGCAUAUAUUCCCCGUUAAUUUACAGUAAUCUUCUGGUAGCCACAUUUCCUGUAUUCUACUGUAAUUUACAACAACAGAAUAAUUAGGGUUGCCACCUUUAGUACAAAAAAAUAAGGGACGCUACGGCCGACUGGGGGUGGCGGCAUGGACGUUACGGGACUGAUAGCUCGGGAAAUACCUCCGCCAUUCUUUCAAAUCGACACUCCGUCAAGAGUCCUGCCCUCCUCUGACUGAUUGGCCAUGAACAUGAACCUGAAAUAAACCAAUUAAACCAAUGAUGGCAGUGAGUAUUACCCAAUACGGGGCCGAAUAGGAUGCUGCAUUGUUGACAGCUCAGAAAAUACGAAACAAACCCCAUCCCAUAUUGAUUGAAAAUGGGACACGUUAUUUUAUUCUCAAAUACGCGAUGAUUCCGUAUUUUAAGGGACGGGUGGCAACCCUAAGCAUAAUACUGUAAAAGAACAGUACAGUGCUGAAACAGCAUUAUACUGUUUUUUUUUACUAUUCCUACCAUAAACAGUUAUUAAUUACAAUAAAAUGCUUUACAGUACUGUGAAUGUAUAUUUACACUAUGUUAUAAUUUAAUGAUUUUAAAGUGUUUAAAAAUAAAACCCCUUAGAACUGCUAACAUAAAAAGCACUGAAACAAGAGAUAGCCUUUCAAUAAUAUACGUUUAUUAAAGUGUCAAAUACACUUAACAGUAAUCACAUUUUUGAUAAUAAUCAGACAGAGUCUGGCGGAGAAGCUGGAGCCGGACGUGCGUCAACUAAGGCAAUAUAAAGACGUGUGAAUUAAAGACUGUUGAAAAUAAAACAUAAAAUUGGAUUCAUUACAACAAAUGCAAACAUAUUCAAUACAUACUCAUACAAUACAUACAACAAAAAACAUUCAAAAUACUUAACUGAACACAAUUUGAACUUUGAACUGAACAGCUGGUCCAGAAGAAGGUAGCAACUAUCGAUCCCUGUCUUUGUAGACACCACUGUCCCCUGGUUGUCCUUUGUCCCUCGUUCUGGGUUCAGCCCAAGGAAGCUGGAAAAUGUAAUAAAAAAGAAGGCAUAUUGGGUGUUGUAUGUAAAGAGUAUGAACCCUUUUGAAAUAAAAUUAAAAGAAAUA